CAUAUAUUGAUAUAAACUUUUCUUCUUAAAACCAUCCAAAUAUUCACAUCCUGAAGUAUCGACACUAAAUUAAUUAACACCCUGUAUAACUGAUACACAGAACUAUGAAUUUCUUUACCAACCACCGUAUACUCCUAAGUACUUCCUUAACACCUUGUGUGCACCUAAUUUGCUAUAAUUUCGUAAUUAUCGAUUUCGCGAUAACGGUAUCGAUUAUUACCAGCUAGUCUGCUAAUUGGACUAAAAUUUCCAAUGAUUUUUUCCAUUUUCAGUCAUGGACCAGCAAGCGGAACUGUGCGAGACGUACCAACUGAAAUGGAAUUUUUACAGUUCCUACAUGCACUCGUGCAUAUCAACGUCGCUUUACAACGAUUCGUACGCCGACGUUGCUCUGGUGACAAUGGACGGGCAUCAAGUAAUGGCCCACCGUUAUAUUUUGUCUUAUAGUAGCCGUUAUUUUGCGCAGAUAUUGAAGUAUCAAAGAAAAGUUACCACAGCUCUUCCCCUAAUGAUAGUAAUGCCGCCUGAGAUAGAUUACAAAUCGCUGAAAGUACUUCUGAGGUACAUGUACAGCGGUGAGGCUAAAGUUCCCAAAGAAAUACUGAAUAACGUAUUGAAAGGAGGCGACAUUCUACAAAUCAAAGGACUUUUUAGGGAAAAGGAAAACAACGAAAAAUCAUCGAAAUCAAACCAACCUCUCUUAUCUCCUACGACAAGCACGGCUACCAGCACACCAGCCACCACACCGACUCCAACACCAAUAAUAGCCCCUUCGCCGCCUCCUUUGGUACCCACAUCAUCCGUGAGCCAGAAAUCGCCGAAGAAACUCGCAGUUUCGGCAUCCAACGUCGUAUCCACCACUUCCACCGCCUCAUCAUCGGGAAAAAUCCUACCGAAAUUAGCCCCGAAAAUCGUCUUCAUCCACAAAUCCAAAGACAAUCAACAGCUCUACGCCUCUGCGACGAGCAAAACCAACAACAAAGCCAAACUCCUCAACUUCACCUUGAUGGCCCCCCAGCAAUCCGACGGCAAGAAACACAACAACACCAACAAAACAGUACAAGAAAUCGAAAACGAGAACAACGACGAGAGUAUCGUGAAAACCGAACCAUCAAUCAAAGAAAGCAAUCUCCAAUACUUGAUGAUCAAAGAGGAGCCGGUGGAAUGGACCGAAACGGCCAUGGAGGUGAUCGAAUCGCAGGACGUCUACGCCGACGUUCAAUGCAAAUCCGAGAACGAGGAUCCCAACGAGGACGAAGAGGAGAUCGAAGAGGACAAAAUGUUCUCGCCGUUGACGUGCGAACUGUGCACGGAAACCUUCACCAUACCCAGGGAAUGGGUGAGACACGUACAAACGCACACCGACAUGCUCCCGGCCAAAAGGCGACGAAGAGACAGCACCGGAGGCAGCGACUCGUACGAAAACGACUCGUUCCCCGAGCUGAUGUGCGACCUGUGCCAGAAGGCGUUCUCGACGCCGGCCGAUUGGGUGAAGCACAUCCAAAGCGCCCACACCGAGUUCGAGCUGCACCUCUCCAACAAACAGAACACCGGCGAGCCGAAGGGCGGCAAGUCCAAAGCGCCGGCCGGCGGUAAUCCUAACGUCGAUCAGGGCAAGUACUGCGCCGACUGCAAGAAGACCUUCCCCUCCAACGCUUCCAUGCUGAUCCACAAGCGCAGCCACACCGGCGAGAAGCCCUUCUCGUGCGAGUGGUGCUCCAAGACGUUCAACGUGAAGAGCAACCUGCUGAGGCACCUCAGGACCAUCCAUAAUAAGAUCGUGGCUGCUACCGAUGUCGAUAAUAAGGAGGAGGAGAGCGGUAGCGGGAAUUAG